AGUAGUGCGUGCACCACCGGACGUGCGAUGACAGCAGCGCACAUGGCAGCAGGGGGGGUACAGCCACUCCCAGUGACAGGCCGGCCCUCUCUUUUCUCCUGCUGAAGGGAGAAACACGCUACCUACGGUCCACGCCUCCUUCUCUUCAUCUACAGCUCUACCUCCUCAUCGACAACUUGCUGCAGUUUCUUGCCCCCAUUUGUGUGCGCGCUGAUUUAACCCAGGUCAGUUUUGCGCAACGGCACUAAGAGAAGCCAUCUGAAGUGAAUCAGCGCUCCGCGCGGCUCAGGCUUUUUGACCCGCAGGCUCCUCGGAUAUUACCUCUCUGCCUGGCGAGAACAUUGUGUCCUCGGUUGGAGCAAAAUGACAGCCAAGCAUCGGAAAGGGAAAAGUAACCACAAACAGGAGGAUAACUUUUUCAAAAAUGAAGCGAUUGAAACAGAAGUUCGCGCUGGAGGGAAUAACUACACUCUGCUGUCAGUUUUAGUCUUGAUCAUGGUAAUCUGCGGUGCCACUGGCGCAUGGUUCUGUUUCCAGCAACACCAAACUUUAACUCACUUAACAGACAACCUCAUGGGCAUUCAGAUGAAGAUAGUGAAACUGCAGUCCUCUCAUGAAGAGCUGCGACAGUCAAAAAGUAAGCAGCAUGUUUCAGAGAGCGUGGAGACCCGUCUGACUGCUCUCGAGGAGUCUUAUGCACUCACUCAGAAACAGGUUGGCAUGGCUUUGGCUACAGCAGAGCAGCUCAAAACGUCUGAUCUCCCAGCCCAGGUGCUGUCCCUCCACACUGAGAUGAAAGCCCGUCUGGCGGAGACGCAGCAGGCCACGGUGUCUCUGGAGCAGCUCAGUCAGCUGCAGAGUACGCUCAAGGAAAAGAGCGAGGAGUUUGAGGAAGUCAGGAUUCAGGUGGCGGGUUUGGCCACACUGAACGGCGAACUGUCCCAUAAGGUUGAGGUCUUGACGGAGAGUCUGGGAGAGGUGGAAUCGAUGCUGGGGGAGAAAGACAGUGAGAUUGCUACGAUCAGCGCCACCCUGGAUGGACAGACCACCGAGGUGCUCACACUGAAGGAUCAGCUUGACAAAUACCAGGCUCAGCUAGAGGCCAGCAUACUGGAGAUGGCUACAGUCAGAGAGUUACUUGAGAACGAACAGUCCCAGGGGCUCCAGCAGGCCAGUGUCAAGGAGCAGCUAAAUACGCUGGUGGGAGCAACACAACCUCCUGCUGAGCCUUUGGAGCAGACUGAGGAACAUGCAGUUGCAGCAACUGAAGAUGAAGAAGCAGAGGCAGCUGCAUCUGAAGAGGAAGAAGAGGCAGCUGCUGCAGAAACUGGAACAGAAGAGGCAGAAAUUGCAACAGCAACUGCAGAGGAAGAAGAGCAGACACCCCCUGCAGGUGAAGAACAAGACGCAUCCUCUCUAGAGGAAGAAGGCGCAGAGGCAGCUGGAGAAGGAGAGGCAGUUUCACAAGAUGCAGCUCCUGUGGAGCAGGAAAAUACUGAGACAGAAGAAAAUGCUGCUGAAGAGGAGGUAGAGGCAGCAGAAGAGAGUGAGAUAGAAGACGGGGAGGCAGCUGCUGCAUCAGAAAAGGAAGAAGUGGACACGACCCAGACUGAAGAAGAGGACAAGAAAGCUAAUGAGGAAGAAACUCAGGAGGAGUCAGCAGCAGAUGAGAACCAGAAAGCAACAGGUGAGGAUGAGAGUGAAAAAGUGGAAGAAGUGGUGGAAUCUGAAGGAGAGGCGGAGGAACUUGAUGUGGAGGAGGAGCAGCAGGAUGUAGCAGCUGAAGAGCCACAGGAGGCAGAGGAAGAGGAGGAGGCGGCAUUAGAAGAUGAUGCUUCUCCAGAAGACAAAUAGAACACGUCACCAAAAGGAGAUCUUUUUCCAUACUGGAGAGUGUCACCAAGCAGAAUGGGAACCUUCUCCGACUAGUGUCCCUUUCUAUAACAUGACAAAAACUGUAGGAAGGCAUUAUUGUUUGCUGUUGUUUAGGCGCAGUAUUCAUUACCUGGUUGCUCUCUGAGAGGCAGACCUAGUCAGAGGAGUGACAUCACUAUGCUGGAGUUUGAGUGCAACUAGUACCUCAAAAUUUCUGAUGACUGUUAAGUCAAUGAUUCACUUGGGGUUUACCAGCCAAUAACAACCUUUUAAAUGCCUUAAUCCACUAAAGACUGUUUCUCUAGAGAGGAUUUCCCACUCUUGAUAACUCCCACUUUUUCUUCAAGGUUAGUUUCUGCACCAAACUGCAACACUUAAAGAAGCCAUACAGAGAAGCCAAUGCAUAAACUGCUCAUCAGUGCACUUGAAGCUAUAAGUAAUGUCUGUCUUGGUAACAUUAAAGUAUGUUUUGUUUUGUUACAGCCUGAAAUGUGUUACAAGUAGGAAAAGAAUUGGUUGUAGUAAUUUAUUUUGUCCCUGAUGUUUACACAAGCAGAACUGUUAUCUAUAGAGCUAGUAAAACAGAUAGAAAACAUAUCUGAUUUGAUUAAAAACUAAUGCUUUCUGAAUGUUUUUAAAGUAUGACAUACUGUAGUUCAUCUUUUUUUUAUUAUUAUUGCAUUUUUAAAGUGUAUAGUUUAGGUCGUUGUCAAAGGCAAUUCCAACCAGACAGAUUGCACCUGUAGUGUUGUUGGACACAGCCAGCACUAAAUGCUCAAAUACUCUCUUGCAUUUCUUCAUCUGUAAUCAUCAGCUUUAUUUUCAUGAUUUGAUUUUAUAGGUUCUUUGACAAAUUACACUAGACGGUCUAUGCUUUAACCUCAGAAAAAAAACCUGUUAAUUUCACAAAGUAAAGUAUCUCAGGGAAAAAUAAUUCUCUAUGUAGAUGGGGGAACCAUCAUAACUCUAAACCACAGUUUAAUUAAACCAUAAAACAGUCCCACAUGAACCAUUCACCUUAUAUAAACAUCAAUGUUCUAAACCACAGUGUGACAGCUUAAUUUUAAGAAAACUGUUGGAGAGUUUUGAGAGGUUGCUGUAAACAACCAAAGCUACUCAGGUUCAGAAACAUUUGGGUCAAAGAGAACUACUGCUUUGCAGAAUCAGAUUGAACAGAAAGCUGCGGCCAUAGAUCGAAACGAUGGCAUGGCGUUCAGAUCUGAAGAAAAUGGAGGAAUAGAAGAAAUAAAGUCUGAAACACAUGGCCACAUCAGAAGGAUUUUUCCUAAGAUGCUCUGCAGAUAAAUCUCAAUGUGAAUUCUUACAAUACAAAAAAAAUGUUGAGCCUCUGCCAAACACAGAAUGAAACCUGUGACCAGGACAGAGAUGUUAUCAUAGACUGUAUAUGUGUAUUUUUACUAAAUCUGACAUUCAGUGUGCUGUUUUUGCCAAGGCUGUGGCAACUGACAGUAUAACAUUUCUGUUUUUAAAAUAAACCCUGGUUCUUUCCUUUUUGUAUAC